GCCCUAGAUUCCUGGCUACAUUCUUGACGAUGCUGUAGAUCACCCAUAUGAUCAUCAAGCACUGUCAAACGCUGACAUGGACACGGUCAUAAAUCCCCCUUGCAUUCCCGAGCCAUAAGUAUAGAAGAGCUAUUCCUUGAUCGGGAUUGCUUUUGUUUUUGGUUGCUGUAGGGUAUAUAUGACAUCGCAGCUUCAGCGCGUGAAGUUGCCAAACUUGUCCUGUAUCCUCAAAGGUAUAACAUGCCUGGACACCUGAAGUUCGUAGAUCCAGCUUCGCCAUUCUCGUCAUCGUUUUCGUCGCCAUACUCGUCUCCCUACUCUCCUCGAUUCCACCAUUCGAUCCAUGACAUACCUACUCCUGGAGAAAUUUCGGCUCGACCAAAGCGUUAUGAGCCUUGGACGAUUAACUUGUGGGUAGUCGGGGGUGUAACUAUCGUGAUGUUUGCCAUGGCCAUCACAAUAGAGAUCCUGCUAUAUCUUUCGAACAGAAACAACGGGUUCAACGUGCUGAAAGCCGAUCCGAUUAAGUUUGCGGAUACACAGGUGCUUGCAUCAUUUUUUGCAAUGUUGUUGGUAGCCCUGCUCUCGUUUUACUGGAAUGCGGCAGAUUCGAUGGUAAGGUGGUAUCAGGAUGUGCUAGGACGCACUGACUCCAAAGUAGCCCUAUGUUAUGUUAUCCGAAGGAAGUGCGUCAGCCUCCAACAGCGUACUGUUGGACUAUGUUCCGUGUUUGUAAUCAGACAGGUUCCUCAUAGUGUCUCAAUUAACGCGACGAGCGUCUCCAAGGUAGGACUGUUGUGGGACCUACCACAGCUGUGGGCUUAUAUUGCGUCGGCUGGGUACACAAAUGCCGCCCUGUACAACGACCUCGCGGAUCCCCCAUUUGUUUACGGAAGUUGGACGGCAGCAGAGUUUUCGUGGUCUGCCUGGGAAGUGCUCAACGCGACGCUGACUGUGAACACAACCGGCGUCGAGACAUCUGUUAACUGCAUGGCUGCGACAAAUACCACCCUCAGUUCUCCAUCGUCGGAUGCGUUGUCUACCUUGACUGCAUCAUUGGACGGAUGCUCUCGCCCGACUGAAGUCACCUUCAACAGCUCGGAAGCUUCAAGCCAGUACGGCACCGUCAAUGCCUCAGCUUGUCUCCCACCGGGAGAUGACAUGCCCAUGAACUUUCAACCUGUCAUGUUCUGGUGGUAUUAUCUAUAUCAGUCCAACGACGCGCUCACGGCUGCCGUGUUUUGUCGUCCUACGAUGGAGUUCUACAAUAUUCAAGCCGUACAAAAUUUGAACAAUGGCUCUCUUCAAUCAGUUCAAGUACUGAGUCCGUAUUCUGGCUCAGAUAAUGUGACUGGGGCGCCGCUGUAUGGAAGACCCUGGAACGGGGUGGUAUUUAAUCCGAGCGAUGACGCCGUUGUGAAUGCCCGUGCGACGUCCAUCGGAUCUGAGAUCCCAGAGACUGUAUUUCGGUAUGGGAUGCAGCUAAGCGGUGGUGUUGUGGCGCUCUUCCAGGGUGCAAGUGGUGGCUUUGUCAAUGUGACAAGCAAUAUAUAUACUCAGCACCUUGCAUUGGCAUCGAAAUCGACGUACUUUCUCAGAGAACCGUCCUCUGUUCCCGGGGAACUUACUUCAUUCGUGUCUCGACUCUUUCUGGACUCUUUCGCUUCUCAUGCACUCGCUGUUUUCCUCUUAGUUAUUGGCUCGAUUGGUUUGGUGCUGCACUGGAUGCACGCACGCGCUCGAAGUAAACUCCACCUUACAGCAUCGCCGGGGUCGAUCGGCGCAGCCGCUGCACUGGUUUGUCGCUCAGGAUUCGGCGAAUUACUCCUCCCAUACGAUGACGAAAAGAGGAUGGAGGAGAAACUCACUGGACUGCAGUUUGGCAUCGAUGGUCGGACGGGCGCAAUUGUGGCUGUUGAGGCUAAUAGUAUGACUCCAGAGCAUCAACGCGAAAAUGAGGCCAUUGGGGUUGACAAGCCUAUCGCACAACGCGACGAAGAGAUGGCCAACGAAAUUCGACAUCGACGUUGGACAAGUCAUCCGGCGUAG